UCUUAAACUGUAAGGAAGCCCCCCCCCCCUCCCCCCCUCCAUUCUCCUGGUAACCACAACUGUCUGAGAAGGUGUCAGUCAGUCCUUUCUGAUUUUAAUGGGGUGAAGUGGGGAUAGGCAUCAAUACGGGUUUUUAUUCAGUGUAAUUUUCUUGCUUUGGACAUUCAUUUCCUGCUGGAACUUGGGGGUCAGAAUCGUGUAAUGCAUGUCAGACUGAGUUUUAAUUUGUACAGCAGUUUGGUUAUGGUAAUCUUUGAUAAAUAAACUGGAAUGCACAGCCUUUUACAAAGAUUGAGGUUUUUUUCUGUCUGAUUUAAGUUGUGUUCUUUGUUAAUCCUUUGGAAAAUUAACACUGAUAUGGUUUUCUGUGUGGCAUUAGAAUAGAGAAGCUGAAUAAAUAUUCUAGUCAUCCAGCUAUCCAUCUAUUCUGCUUACGUUAUGUUAAGCUUGGCUUAAAAGAAUUCAAACUAAGAUUGACUUUUCACAGGAACAGAAGGUGCUUGGGAGAAUUUACGUAAUAAAAAAGCGCCUGAAAUGUCUGAAAAAAUUGCGAUAUGCGGCGAUGCCUGAUUGAUCUGCGCGCGGUCUGUGAUGCUCCAUAAGCUUCGCCUUUAUCUAAUUGUUGUGAGGCGCGCCCACAUGGCCGGUGAAUGGUGUGACGCUUUUCCUAUUUUCUAUUGGAUAAGAGCCGCAGGCGCGCGACCGGGCGCUGAUGAGAUUGGUGACGUCUGGGCCAACCAGCACCUUUGGGGGUGGGGCGAGCUGCCACACACCGGAGCAGGCGUGCUUACCUCUGCGAACGAUUCUUGUGGCCAAAUUUUGCAGCAGCGUUUCGAAGACCGUGAAGAAUUAUUUAAUUUCUGCGUUUGCAAUCCUGUUCUAAGAAGGUUAUUUUGACUCCGGAUGGGACCAGCUGGAAAGACGUGCAGGCACUUACGCCCAGAGGAGUAUAACUAGCAUAUCAAGAUAUUUCCUAAAGAUCUGCCAGCAUUGGACUUUAACCUUGCAAGAUCGAUUCCGUAUUAACGCAGAAGAAACGGUGCAGUAAUUAGGGGGAAAUGGGUCCGGUUUUAUAUCUUGGCGGGCUAAUUGUAGUGUUUCUGCUCUGGGUUAAAGUUAAGGGGCUGGACUACGUGAUCAUUCACCAAAGGUGGAUAUUCGUGUGCCUGUUCCUGCUGCCCCUGUCCGUGAUCUUCGAUGUGUAUUACUAUGUCCGAGCCUGGCUCAUUUUCAAGAUGUGCUCCGCUCCGAAACAGCACGACCAGCGUGUCCGCGACAUACAGAGACAAGUUCGGGAGUGGAGAAAGGAAGGCGGAAAGACGUACAUGUGCACAGGUCGCCCGGGCUGGCUCACCGUCUCGCUGAGGGUGGGCAAGUACAAGAAGACUCAUAAGAACAUCGUGAUUAAUCUCAUGGACGUCCUGGAGGUGGACACUAAGCGACAGGUAGUGCGUGUGGAGCCUCUGGUGAACAUGGGUCAGGUGACCGCUCUCCUUAACUCGAUUGGCUGGACCCUCCCUGUGCUGCCCGAGCUUGACGACCUCACCGUGGGGGGCCUGAUAAUGGGAACAGGCAUCGAGUCGUCCUCCCAUAUCUAUGGUCUCUUCCAGCACAUCUGUGUCGCCUAUGAGCUGGUGCUGGCUGAUGGGAGCCUGGUUCGCUGCACUGCCAAGGAGAACUCUGACCUGUACUAUGCCGUCCCGUGGUCCUGCGGCACUCUGGGGUUCCUGGUAGCCGCUGAGAUCCGCAUCAUCCCGGCACGGGCCUGGGUGAGGCUCAGCUACAUGCCAGUUAGAGGCAGCGGUGCCAUCUGCCAACGCUUCACCCAGGAGUCCGCCGACAAGGAGAACCAGUUCGUGGAGGGGCUGCUCUUCUCCCGGGACGAAGCCGUCAUCAUGACAGGAAUCAUGACGGACGAGGCUGAGCUGGACAAGGUCAACCGCAUCGGCCGCUACUACAAGCCGUGGUUCUUCAAGCACGUGGAGGGCUUGCUGCGGGAGGGACGCGACGCUGUGGAAUACAUCCCUCUAAGGCACUACUACCACAGACACACCCGCAGUAUCUUCUGGGAGUUGCAGGACAUUAUCCCAUUCGGAAACAACCCCAUCUUUCGGUAUCUCUUUGGCUGGAUGGUGCCUCCCAAAAUCUCCCUGCUGAAACUGACGCAGGGGGAGACGAUCCGCAAGCUGUACGAGCAGCACCACGUGGUCCAGGACAUGCUGGUUCCCAUGAAGCACCUGGACACGGCCAUCGACCAUUUCCACAGCAACAUCCAUGUGUACCCCAUGUGGCUGUGCCCCUUCGUGCUGCCCAGUCAGCCUGGGAUGGUGCACCCCAAAGGGGACGAGGACGAGCUGUACGUGGACAUCGGCGCUUAUGGGGAGCCCCGGCGGAAGCACUUUGAGGCCCGAGCUUCCACCAGGCAGCUGGAGAAGUUCGUGAGAGACAUUCACGGAUUCCAGAUGCUGUACGCGGAUGUGUAUAUGGACCGCCAGGAAUUCUGGGAAAUGUUUGAUGGCUCCCUCUACCAUAAGCUGAGGGAGAUGCUGGGCUGCAAGACAGCAUUUCCCGAGGUUUACGACAAGAUCUGCAAAGCUGCUCGGCACUGAGGCGCUUCCAGCCGAGCAGGAAGCUCAGCGUCGAAUCCUGUGUUUCACCCCAUUUCUGUGGGGAAGAAUAACCCACAGUGUAUGUUGCCCUACAUUCUUACAAAUUUGAACGAUGCAGAAUUCGGGUUUUUAUAACCUUUAUACAUGUUUGACUGCAAAAGCAAUUCGUCAGCCUUGGAUGUAACACUGUGCCCAGAACUGUGAUGUAUCUCACAUGUGAAAAUUGGGAUUAUCUUUGUAAUUCCAAUGUAUAUUUUUCUACCUGUAGUGCGGGAUGCAGACUGAAAUCAUGUCUUUCAGAUUAGCACAAAUAAGCAUUGAAUUAUUCUUAAUUAAAGGGACAGUUCACCCAAAAAUUGAUAGAAAAAAAAUAUGAUUUAGAUGGAGUUUAGUGCCGUCUAUCCAUCUAGGUCAUUCUGCUGGGAGAUGCCUUGUUUUGGAGAUAUCAGACGUAGCAAUGUUGGUCUUCUCUCGAAUCUAAUGGGAGUUGAAUGGCAUUCUUUCUGUGGUAAUUAAAGGACCAGAAAAACACAUUUGAAAAAUUCAACAGCAAUGUCUUAUCAGAAAUCAUGAUGCUGUUACUGAGGGUAAUCAAGAGACUUUGCAGGGAGCAUUUUAAUGUAGGAACUAUUUUCUGCUACAGAACUCCACAUACCAGUUGUAUCACUGCGCAGAAGAUAACGCCAGGAUACUCGUGUUCAUAUGGAGUGCGACUCCCAGCAGAAUUGCCUAUAUAUACAUAGUACUAAAGCCCCUCAGAAAUGCAUCUUUUUUUUCAAUUUUUGGGGUGAACUGCCCCUUUAAGAUUUCUUCGGUCAUUUUGCUGAAAGAGCACAAGUGACCAUCUUGUAGUCCGUCUCUCCCAGACUAACAUGUCCCAUAUUUAAGUCAGGUUAGCUUGUCUUGUCUCUCUCUUUAUUAUGAUUGUGUGCUAUUUGCUUCACUUGUACAUCAUUUCGAACAAAAAUGCUAAAUAAACCAAAUGUCAAUCUCA